GGAGGAGGCGGAGGCCGCGGGCCCGGGUGCCAGGCGGCGGCGGCGGCGGCGGCGCGGGCCCCUCGGCGGCGCCGGCACCAUGUCGCGCUCCGUGCUGCAGCCGAGCCAGCAGAAGCUGGCCGAGAAGCUCACCAUCCUCAACGACCGCGGCGUCGGCAUGCUCACGCGGCUCUACAACAUCAAGAAGCAAGGACAAGUUUGGAAGGCAUGUGGAGACCCAAAGGCAAAACCGUCCUACCUGAUUGAUAAAAACUUGGAGUCGGCUGUGAAGUUCAUAGUCAGAAAGUUCCCUGCUGUAGAAACUCGCAACAACAAUCAACAGCUAGCUCAACUACAGAAAGAAAAAUCAGAGAUUCUGAAAAAUUUGGCAUUAUAUUACUUCACCUUUGUAGAUGUUAUGGAAUUCAAGGAUCAUGUUUGUGAAUUGCUGAAUACUAUUGAUGUCUGCCAAGUCUUCUUUGAUAUUACUGUAAACUUUGAUUUAACAAAGAACUACUUAGAUUUGAUCAUAACCUAUACAACACUAAUGAUCCUGCUGUCACGCAUUGAAGAAAGGAAGGCAAUCAUUGGAUUAUACAAUUACGCUCAUGAAAUGACCCAUGGAGCAAGUGACCGCGAAUAUCCACGCCUUGGUCAGAUGAUUGUGGAUUAUGAAAACCCUUUAAAAAAGAUGAUGGAAGAAUUUGUACCCCAUAGCAAGUCUCUUUCAGAUGCACUAAUUUCCCUUCAGAUGGUGUAUCCUCGAAGGAAUCUUUCAGCUGAUCAGUGGAGAAAUGCUCAACUGCUGAGUCUCAUCAGUGCGCCCAGUACAAUGCUGAAUCCUGCACAGUCUGACACUAUGCCUUGUGAAUAUCUCUCUUUGGAUGCAAUGGAAAAAUGGAUUAUCUUUGGCUUUAUUUUGUGCCAUGGAAUCCUAAAUACUGAUGCAACAGCACUGAAUCUUUGGAAGCUAGCUCUUCAAAGUAGCUCUUGCCUCUCUCUUUUCCGGGAUGAAGUUUUCCAUAUUCACAAAGCUGCAGAAGACUUAUUUGUGAACAUACGAGGCUAUAACAAGCGUAUUAAUGACAUAAGAGAAUGCAAGGAGGCAGCUGUGUCACAUGCUGGUUCAAUGCACAGAGAAAGACGCAAAUUUUUAAGGUCUGCACUGAAAGAAUUGGCCACUGUCCUCUCUGAUCAACCAGGUUUACUAGGUCCAAAGGCACUUUUUGUUUUUAUGGCAUUAUCCUUUGCCCGUGAUGAAAUUAUUUGGCUACUUCGUCAUGCAGAUAAUAUGCCAAAGAAGAGUGCAGAUGACUUUAUUGAUAAGCACAUUGCUGAAUUAAUAUUUUACAUGGAAGAGCUUAGAGCACAUGUAAGGAAAUAUGGACCUGUAAUGCAGAGGUAUUAUGUGCAAUACCUUUCUGGCUUCGAUGCUGUUGUUCUCAAUGAACUUGUGCAGAAUCUUUCUGUUUGUCCUGAAGACGAAUCAAUCAUUAUGUCCUCUUUUGUUAACACUAUGACCUCACUUAGUGUCAAACAAGUUGAAGAUGGGGAAGUAUUUGACUUCAGAGGAAUGAGACUAGAUUGGUUUAGAUUACAGGCCUACACUAGUGUCUCCAAGGCUUCACUUAGCCUUGCAGAUCACAGAGAGCUUGGAAAGAUGAUGAAUACAAUCAUUUUUCAUACAAAAAUGGUAGAUUCCUUGGUGGAAAUGUUGGUGGAAACAUCAGAUCUCUCCAUAUUUUGUUUUUAUAGUCGUGCUUUUGAGAAGAUGUUUCAGCAGUGUUUGGAGUUACCCUCUCAGUCAAGAUACUCAAUUGCAUUUCCACUACUUUGCACUCACUUUAUGAGUUGCACUCAUGAACUCUGUCCAGAAGAGCGACAUCAUAUUGGAGAUCGCAGUCUUUCCUUAUGUAAUAUGUUCCUGGAUGAAAUGGCCAAGCAAGCUCGAAAUCUCAUCACUGAUAUUUGCACAGAGCAAUGUACUCUUAGUGACCAGUUGCUACCCAAGCAUUGUGCCAAAACCAUCAGUCAGGCAGUGAAUAAGAAGUCAAAAAAACAAACUGGUAAGAAAGGUGAACCUGAAAGAGAAAAGCCAGGAGUUGAGAGCAUGAGGAAGAACAGGCUGGUAGUGACCAACCUUGAUAAAUUGCACACUGCACUUUCUGAGUUAUGUUUCUCUAUAAAUUAUGUACCAAACAUGGUGGUUUGGGAACAUACCUUUACACCACGAGAAUAUUUGACUUCUCAUCUGGAAAUCCGCUUUACUAAGUCAAUUGUUGGAAUGACUAUGUAUAAUCAAGCUACACAGGAAAUUGCAAAACCAUCAGAGCUUCUAACAAGUGUAAGAGCAUACAUGACUGUACUUCAGUCAAUAGAAAACUAUGUGCAAAUUGAUAUUACAAGAGUAUUUAAUAAUGUUCUUCUUCAACAAACACAACAUUUAGACAGUCAUGGAGAGCCAACCAUUACAAGUCUGUACACAAAUUGGUAUUUGGAAACUUUGUUAAGACAAGUCAGCAAUGGCCACAUAGCUUAUUUUCCUGCAAUGAAAGCAUUUGUCAACUUACCUACAGAAAAUGAGUUGACAUUUAAUGCAGAGGAAUAUUCUGACAUAUCAGAAAUGAGGUCCUUAUCAGAACUGCUGGGCCCUUAUGGUAUGAAGUUCCUCAGUGAGAGCCUUAUGUGGCAUAUUUCAUCACAAGUUGCUGAACUUAAGAAACUUGUGGUGGAGAAUGUCGAUGUGCUAACACAAAUGAGGACCAGCUUUGACAAACCAGACCAGAUGGCUGCACUCUUUAAAAGAUUAUCAUCUGUUGACAGUGUUUUGAAGAGGAUGACAAUAAUUGGUGUAAUUUUAUCCUUCCGAUCAUUGGCACAAGAAGCACUUAGAGAUGUAUUAUCCUACCACAUUCCUUUUCUUGUAAGUUCAAUUGAAGAUUUCAAGGAUCACAUUCCAAGAGAAACUGAUAUGAAGGUUGCCAUGAAUGUGUAUGAGUUAUCAUCAGCUGCUGGAUUACCUUGUGAGAUUGAUCCUGCUUUGGUGGUCGCUCUCUCCUCACAAAAAUCAGAAAACAUAAGCCCUGAAGAGGAAUAUAAAAUUGCCUGCCUUCUCAUGGUCUUUGUGGCGGUGUCUUUGCCAACACUGGCCAGUAAUGUGAUGUCUCAGUAUAGUCCUGCAAUAGAAGGUCAUUGCAAUAACAUACAUUGCUUGGCCAAAGCUAUCAACCAGAUUGCUGCAGCUUUGUUCACAAUUCACAAAGGAAGCAUUGAAGACCGUCUUAAGGAAUUUCUGGCGCUUGCAUCUUCCAGUCUACUGAAAAUUGGCCAGGAGACAGAUAAAACAACAACAAGAAAUAGAGAAUCUGUCUAUUUACUGCUAGAUAUGAUUGUGCAGGAAUCACCAUUCCUAACAAUGGAUCUUUUGGAAUCUUGUUUUCCGUAUGUCUUGCUGAGAAAUGCAUACCAUGCUGUCUACAAGCAAAGUGUUACGUCUUCUGCAUAAAAUACCUACUUAAUGAAGACAAGCACGUAUUUUCUGUUGCCUCGGUUUUACCUAUAAACAGUGGCACUAUUUUAUCUUAAGGCCUGAAGACUAGUUUUGUGGAUUACAGAUUUCUUUCUUAUGGUUGUGUUUUCUGAUCAUUUGUUUCUUAAUAUGGUUGUACUGCAGUAUACUUGGUUGAUUUACAUUGCACAUUUACUGUACUCAUUAAAAUUAUAAUUUUAGAGUAUCAUUUGAAAAACAUACAUUCUUUAUGUUUUUGAUAUUUGAUAAUGAAAAGAAACUUUUGCUUGUUUAUUUCUGAAAAAGAAUUGUAUUUAGUGAUUAUUUUAGAUAGUGAUAAUAUAGCAUCAUCUGUGUGUAAAUUAUUUCAUAUAGGGAAGACUCUGAUCUGUACCUACGGUUCUAAUGAAAACAAAAAAAUUGGAUGUGCAUUUCUGUGCUGUUAUGAAUACAUUUCUACUUUAUUUUGGAACAUUUGCCAAACUAAAUACUGUACCACUGUAUAACAUUAAAAAUGUUAAAGGACUGCUUAGCGCUAGAAGCAGAUUAUGUCCAGAAAUUCUAAAACAGCAGCAUAUGUUGUUGCUUGUAUAAAGCCUAGUGAUAAUUUUUAGACUAACUUCCAUGGUGCCCUGUUGGCAUUAGCACUACCAUUGCACCCUGCUGUAUAAUAAAUAAUCUUAGCAUUUACCAAUUGUUGAUACAAAUGUUAGUCCCUAACCACUUUUUAUAUGUUUUAAAUUUUUGAAAUUCAAGUGUACCUGCCAUAACAUAAAAUAAACACUAGACUAUCACAUUUUGAAUGAUUUCUUUAACUGAGAUCCUCAGAAUUUUAUUCAAUACUGUGUUUCUUUAACUGAGAUCCUCAGAAUUUUAUUCAAUACUGUGGCUUUUUUUUUGUUUGAAAUAAACUUUAAGACUAUCCUAAUAGAGCGCUUGAUCCUAAAUCUAUUACAAGAUCUGUUUAAAUAUUUCAAAAAGCAUUCCACCAAAAAAUAACAAACCAGAAAAUAAAAUCUUUCAACACUAAAAGUCUCAGAAACUAAAAAAAAUUGGUAUGCCAUCAGAUUGCUAACUGAUAUCCAUGAUUUUAAUGGGCAGUUACUUGAAAGAAUAAAAAAAGAAACUGAAGACAGCAGGGAAAAAGUGAAAAGUUGUUGCUAACUACUGUUUGAUUUGUUGAAGGAGGAAAAAGGCAUCAAGUACUAUUUAUUGCUGAUGGCUGACAUGGAGGACAAAACACUUCAUUUAAUUAAAAAACUAACCAGUUAUAUUGCUCUUUCAGCGUUGAUGUCUGCUUUUCUUCAUCCACUGCACUCCUCCCCUUAUUUUUCCGUGCUGUGGUUCAAAAUUAGGGCCUCAUAAAUGCAAGUGCUUUGCCUCUGAACCACAUCACGAGCUGAUAAAAGUAUUUAACAACUUGAUAUUUGAAUAUCAAACUGACCUAUAUUCAGGGACUUAACUGUGAAUACACGGGUAAUUUGUAUUAAGAAAGAAAAAGAACUGCCUAUGAAUUCAGUGAUGUUUUUCUUUGGCUAUAGACUGGAAUGAUGCAGAGAUAACGAGAUUAUCCUGAUCUUCUGUCUGUUUCUUUUGUUGGUUUUUUUGUGUGUGGAUUCUUCAGUCUGUACUUAAUGUAGAGAAUAGUUACUAUCUAUUGAAAAAUCUGGCAGGUGCCCUGAGAAUUUUUUUUUUUUAAGGAAGAAAAAAUUUAAUGGAAUAGUUUCAUACUUGAACUAGCCAGAUUAUACAGUGAAACUAAGAUUAAAUGUUAUUUUAAAUUGUU